AAAUCAGAAAAGAGCCCGGCUGCGGCGGCAGAGGGGAGCGGAGCCCGCGGGGGCAGGGACGCUGCCGCCGCAGCGCUGCACGGACCAGCGGCGCCGCGAAAGGCGACUCCCCAUCUUCGUCCCGGUCCCGGCUUCGACCUCGGCCCCGGUCUUAGCGAGCGCCGGGAGGGACAGGACGGCCCCCGGCACCGGGCUCCGCACAUCGGACAAGCGCUCCGCAGCCGUGCCGCGGGCUGCGGGACGGCGGGACGCGGGGCACCAUGAUGAACAGCUACCCAGACGGCGAGGAGGACGCGGUGGCGCUGCUGGCUCAUGACACCGGCGGCAGCAAGGAGCCGGAGCGGGUCAAGGAGGAGCUGGGUGCAGAAAAAAUCCCUGAGAAGCCGGACCCCUCGCAGAAGCCCCCCUAUUCCUACGUGGCCCUUAUCGCCAUGGCCAUCCGGGAGAGCGCAGAGAAGAGGCUCACGCUGUCCGGGAUCUACCAGUACAUCAUCAGCAAGUUCCCUUUCUACGAGAAGAACAAGAAGGGCUGGCAGAACAGCAUCCGCCACAACCUCAGCCUCAACGAGUGCUUUAUCAAGGUGCCCAGGGAGGGCGGCGGCGAGCGCAAGGGCAACUACUGGACCCUGGAUCCCGCCUGCGAGGACAUGUUCGAGAAGGGCAACUACCGCCGGAGGCGAAGGAUGAAACGGCCUUUCCGGCCGCCCCCGACCCACUUCCAGCCCGGCAAAACCCUCUUCAGCCCCGACACCUACGGCUACCUCUCCCCGCCCAAGUACUUGCAGUCCACCUUCAUGAACAACUCGUGGCCGCUGGCGCAGCCCCCUGCGCCCAUGCCCUACGCCUCCUGCCAGAUGUCUGGUGGGAACGUCAGCCCCGUCAAUGUGAAAGGACUCUCGGGCCCGGCAUCCUACGGCCCCUACUCGCGGGUGCAGAGCAUGGCGCUGCCCAGCAUGGUGAACUCCUACAACGGCAUGGGCCACCACCACCACCACCCUCACGCCCAUCACCCCCAACAGCUCAGCCCGACCAGCCCCGCGCCGCCCGCGGCCCCGGCUGCGAACGGAGCCGGCCUCCAGUUCGCCUGUGCCCGCCAGCCCGCCGAGCUGUCCAUGAUGCACUGUUCCUACUGGGAGCACGACAGCAAACACAGCGCCCUGCACUCCCGCAUAGACAUCUAGGGGGACUUCGGCCGAUAGCCCGCCGCCUUUGCACCGGCUCCGCUACCAUUCUGCGAUCCUGCCGCCUUCUCCUUCUUUCUCGGGUCUCUCCUCCUCUCCAGCCGCGGACUCUCUCCGUGCCUGAACUGUUGCGGUGGGGAAACGGCGGCCCUGCUCCUUGUGUAGUGUAAGUGUAAGAACCGUCCUACGAGGAGGAGAAGGCGGUG